CUCACUUCUGGUGCAUCUCUCCGGCCUUCUCUUGUUACUUUAGAAAGAAAGGUUGUUAUUGAGUUCAUUGGAACCUUUGUUAUCAUAUUCGCAGCCAUUGCUACAGCCAUUUUCAACCACAAUUCUGAGACCCUUAAGACCCUUAAUUGUGCUACAACCGCAUAUCUUACUAUUAUGGUUGUCAUAUUUGCCACCAGACAUAUAUCGGGAGCCCAUAUAAACCCAACUGUUACUUUUUCGUUUGCUGUGUUGAAGCACUUCCCAUGGAAACAUGUGCCUAUUUAUAUUGGUGCACAAGUUUUGGCAUCGGUUUGUGCCGCAUUUGUUCUGAAAGAGGUUUAUCAUCCUUUCAUGAAUGGUGUUACAGUUCCUUCAGGUGGAUAUGGUCAAUCUUUAGAAUUCAUUAUUACAUUCAAUCUAAUGUUUGUUGUCACUGCAGUAGCCACUGACACUAGAAAUGUGGAAAAACUUGCAGGAAUUGCGGUGGGAGGCACUGUGAUGCUCAAUAUACUUAUAGCCAGGUAUAUUUUAUUAUCAGGAGACUCAAUGAAUCCAGUGAGAACACUAGGUCUUGCCAUCGCCACAAAUAAUUAUGAAGAUAUAUGGAUUUAUAUGAUAGCUCCCAUACUCGGAGCUUUAGCCGGUACAUGUACCUAUACUGUAGUGAAACUGUCCAAAGAAUGUGAAAACAAAGGCUUCAAUUAG